AAUAAAUGUACAUUGCAUUUAGAUUAGAUGAAGGAGUUAAUCUCUAUGUUGUCGAAUAGGAGUUUGUUAAUCCUUUUUGCAAUCUAGAGAAAACAACUACUAUUGAGUCCAUUGAAAGCACAUUGGAGAGCCUAAAAUAACAUAAUAUAUGUGCUAUUAUAAAUUGCAUUGACAAUGAUCAAUCCAUGAAAGCAUACGGAAUCUACUAUUUAAACAUACACAUCAAUUUUUAAGAUUCAUUGGAAGCUUCAAGAUUAUUCUUGCAUGUAAAAAUGUUUUCUAAAAAGAGUUUUGGACAAAAAUUAAAAAAUCUUCAGUUGCUAUUUACUGCGAAAGCAGCAUGCAAAAGAGUAUAAAAGUUCUUAAAAACUAUUUGAAGCAUCUUUAUCAUUGGGAUGAAGAACGUGUUUAAAAAGUAUUUUAGAUUUUAUAUUAGGAAAUAUAAGAGUAAAAUAAAUUGAAUUAGAUCAUUUCUAAACAUGAACAUGAUGAUUUAUUGCCAAGUGAAAUAAUUUAAUCCCAAAAAUCAUCUAUAUGCAAUGAGUUAAUAUCAGAUGUAAACAGGAAAAAUUAAAUUGAUUGGAACAAAAUAUACGGUUCUUAAGCAUAAAUAGACCAGUAAACAUAAUAAGCAAGAAAGAUUUAAUCCAGAUUCGUUCAAAGCUCAAUACUCAAAAACUAAUGA